AUGUCGACGCUGAGCACGCAGACCACGCUGUGGGUGACGGCCAACAUCUUGCUGGAGCACGAGAUCAAGAAGCGCGCUGGCGUGAUCAAGUACUUUAUCACCUUUGCCGAGUACUGCCGCGGGCUGAACAACUUCAACACGCUGAUGAGCGUGCUGGGUGCACUGACGUCGGUGCCGGUCGAGCGCCUGACGCGCACCUGGCAGGCGGUGCAGCAGAAGGCGCUGGGCACCUACAGCCAGCUCAAGCAGAUCAUGCGCACCGACCGCAACUUCUCCGAGUACCGCGAUGCCCUGCACUCAUGCAACCCGCCGGCCAUCCCGUUCGUCGGCAUUUACCUGCAGGACCUGACCUUCAUUGAGGAUGGCAAUGACGACGCCAUUGCCAAUUCCCCGCACCUAAUCAACUUUGCCAAGCGCCAGCGCACCGCCGGCACCAUCCGCGAUCCUGCAGCAGUUCCAGAACGUGCCCUACAAUCUGACGCCCGUGGCCUGAGAUCCAGGACUGGCUGCUGAAGCGGCUCGAGGAGCUGUGCCCGAACGGCCAGAGCUCCGACCGCCUGGUCGAGGAGUUCUGGAAGAUGAGCACGACGCUUGAACCCAAGGAGAAGGAGAGCGAGCGGGUGCUGCGUCUGCUGACAGGAGUCGGGCUUCUUGUAAGGCCUCCCUCCCCUGAGAUGAGUUGGCUAAAAAGCAACCGGCUGCUUUGCAAAAUAUGAUUGCUGUUCUUUCGUUUCUAAACCCCUAUUUUCUUCUGGGCUCAUCAUCACCGCCACCCUUAAUCCAAUAUUCUUAAUCCAAUAUUACCAAAAUUUUCUUCUACAUCUGGGUUGAAAAAAAAAAAACUGUCCAAAAGGCACGCUCGCCGCUCUCAGCUUGUUGCUCUC